UGCUGUGGGCUCCAACAUCCAAACAGCUCCCAGACAAAGACGCCAAACAGCAUCCACUCAUCAAUCUAAUUGAUCCUAACAGGGACUCACAGAGAAACAUGCAUCUGUCUUCCAUUCCUCUCUAUUGCCUCCUCCUCAUCUUAAAGCUGCAGCUGUCCAGCACGUAUCCCAUCACCGGCUUGACCGGAACUGACAUGGACAUCUUAAAGGUGCUCCUUCACAGACUAGAGGAGUCCGUUCCUGAUGUGGACCAGAGAGUCUCUGCAGAGAGGGACAGCCUGGACAGAGACGAGGCGGCAUACGAACAGCUGCCUCCCCAAACCGGACUGGAUGAGGCAGCGAUCAGGGAGUUUCUCUCAUCGAAGAAUCUGAAGAGCGUCCGCAACGACUCGUCCAGAAAGUCCUCCAGCUGCUUCGGCCGGCGGAUGGACCGAAUAGGCUCCAUGAGCUCACUGGGGUGCAACACUGUGCGCAGAUCUAAUCAAAAGUAAAGAUGAAGUCGUAUCUUCUAAAUUCUGGAACUGCAACGUACCUUUUUUGUUCAAACGCUAUUUAUUUACUCGUAUUUAUUGAAUAUCGAUGGUAGCUAAAAAGUAUUAUUUAUUUACAAUGGAUGUAAGACUGUUCUUUAUGUACAGUUGAACCUUUUAAUAAAUUCUUUCAACUAUGGAU